CGCUUCUCCAGGUAUGAGAUAGAGAUAGAAGAUAAUAAGGCGUUAUUACGCGUGGGGUGGGUGUUUUUUUUUUUUGCCUUCAUUAAAACACGGGAGUGAUGUGAGCCCGCCCCCACUUCAUGAGUAAACCCGAUUAGUUGUCGUGGCGCGGAGAGGGCGAGGGAGAGGCACGCGCCGCUGACUGAGGGGGAGAGAAGUGCACGAGCGGAGCAGAGCUGAACAUCCUUCAGCUGCAGCCUCUACCGGUAGACGCGAACGGCGCGAGACACACACCAGCUUCACGCGACAAUCCCGCUGCCGUGUUCGUUUCACACACACACAAAAAAGCGACACUCUUGCCCGCGUGGCGUGUCGUUUUGUUUUCUCUUCUUUGUUUUUUUUUGUUUUGUUUUGUUUUUGAGUUUCUUCCCCAUCCGUGGUGGAUUUAAAAAAAAAAAGCUAAGCGAAGGUCCCAAGUCCACCCCGGCUUCCCUAGACGCCUUUCCGCGUUCUGUCACUCCGGCGGGAAGGACGGACGCUCCACCGGCCACAUUUCAUACAGAAUGAAGUACAGCUGCUGGAAUCUUUGAAUUGAGUGGAGCAAGUACAGAGAAGAAAGCCUGGUUCGAGGAAACACAAAAAAGCAACAACCAAAAAAAAAAAAGAAGCGCGACAAGGCCAUAAAGUUAUUUGGUGAAAGAAGAGAGUGAAGAAAGAAACGGGACAAUGGGGAGAAAAAAGAUUCAGAUCACGCGGAUUAUGGACGAACGCAACAGACAGGUGACAUUCACCAAGAGGAAGUUUGGACUGAUGAAGAAAGCCUAUGAGCUGAGUGUGCUAUGCGACUGUGAGAUCGCCCUCAUCAUCUUCAACAGCACCAACAAGCUCUUCCAGUACGCCAGCACCGACAUGGACAAAGUGUUACUGAAGUACACUGAGUACAACGAGCCUCAUGAGAGCAGGACCAAUUCUGACAUUGUGGAGACAUUGAGAAAGAAGGGUCUAAAUGGGUGUGACAGCCCUGACCCAGACGCAGACGAUUCAGUCGGUCACAGCCCAGAGUCCGAGGAAAAGUACCGCAAAAUCAACGAGGACAUAGACCUAAUGAUCAGCAGACAGAGACUGUGUGCGUUGAGCAAGAAGGAGAACAAAGGCAGCGAGAGCCCGGAGCUUGAAUCUGCUCUCGCUCUCACUCCACGCACAGAAGAGAAAUACAAACUGAUUAACGAAGAGUUUGAUCAUAUGAUCAAGACUCAUAAGAUCCCUGCCGUGCCCCCUUCCAACUAUGAUAUGCCAGUGUCCAUCCCAGUGAGCAACCAGAUCUACAGCCACCCUGGAGGAUCCCUAGGCAACCAUAACCUGGUUCCACUGGCCCAUCACGGCAUACAGAGGAACAGCAUGUCCCCAGGUGUCACACACAGACCUCCAAGUGCAGGUGGUCUGAUGGGUGCCGAUCUUACCACAGGCCCUGGCACCAGUGCUGGUAAGGAUGGCAUCCCCACCUUCUACAGAAACGGCUAUGGAAACCACCGUAACUCUCCUGGAUUGCUGGUGUCCUCUGGGGGUAUGAACAAGAACAUGCAGGCCAAGUCGCCCCCACCAAUGAACCUGGGCAUGAACAGCCGAAAGCCUGACCUGCGCGUUCUCAUCCCACCAGGAACCAAGAACAACAUGCCUUCAAUCAAUCAGAGAAUAAACAACUCACAGUCCGCACAGUCAUUGGCCACCCCUGUGGUUUCUGUGGCAACACCCACUCUACCAGGCCAGGGCAUGGGCGGCUACCCUUCAGCAAUUUCCACCUCCUAUGGUACUGAAUAUUCUCUAAGCAGUGCCGACCUGUCAUCUAUAUCUGGCUUUAGCAGUGCCAACACCCUGCACCUGGGCUCAAUGAGUGGCUGGCAGCAGCAGCACCUCCAGAACAUGCAGCACUCUGCCCUCGGCCAGCUGGGAAAUUGCACUAGCACUCACUUAUGUCAGGGUUCAAAUCUCUCCCUGCCCUCUACCCAAAGCCUGCACAUCAAGUCCGAACCUGUUUCUCCUCCUAGAGACCGCUCCAGCAGCGCCACACCUGGCGGCUAUGCCCCACCCCCUUCCCACCCGCAGCAGCACCAGGCUCCACCCCCACAACAGGCUCCGCCCCCACAAGGCCGCUCUCCAGCCGACAGCCUGAGCAGCGAGGGUAGCGACCGCGAUGAGCACAGGCCCGACUUCCACUCACCCCUUGGCAUGGGCCGACCUGGCCUGGACGAGCACGACAGUCCGUCUGUCAAGCGAGUCCGCCUUUCCGAGGGCUGGGCCACAUGAUAAGCCACGCCCCCCACCUCAAAAGCCCCCACACUUGACCUCGGUCCAUCAUCACAUUCACACGUUCUCUCGAUCUGUUCUGAUGAAUCGUUGCCCUCCAAGCUCUGUCAAGUAACUCACAGUGUAAACAGACAGGAGGGUUUUUCUUCAAUUUACUUGUUUUUCGCUCUCUUCUUCAAAGAGUGUCAAAUGUACAUGUUGUUGUGAUUGAUGGGUGUCAGGGAGGGAAAGGGAGGUAGGGGCUAGCAUUAGAGGGUUAAGACAGUGUUUUAGUGGGUGGGGUUACUAUGCAUAACUUUUGCUGUGUGUUGAUUUGACUUUCAAGACUUAACCAUAUAUGCAUAUAUAUUUACACGUGUGUGUAGGUGUACAUAUAUGCAUAGUAACAAAAAAUCGUCAGGUACUCUCGAAUUUUUUUUUGUAAAGGUAUUUACAACUUUCCUCAGCGACAUUCAGCCAUGGGAGAAGCUCAGCUGAGGGCCAGUGCCGACAGGCUAGCACUUGAGUUGCUCUACCAGUACUUUGUGUACAGAUUUAGUUCUCUUCGCCACUCUCUGCAGAAUGUUCCCUCGCUAAAUGUAUGUUAUGAUUGACAAAGUCAUGUUGCAGGUUCAACGUAUUGUACAUAGAGGGCGGGCGGGGACAAGGGGGACGGGUCGAGGUUGCCAGACAUUGGACAUUGAUCUCAAAUGGAAGCUUUUAUGCAGGAUUUUUUUGAAGGAUUGUACAGAUGUACAGCCCCUUUAGGCUUUAGUCAAGGAGAAGGAGUAUUUUAGAACCUCUGAUGAAUCAAGCGCUUUUCUGAAGAAAUGGGAGUGUUAUUCGCAAAAAUGGCAGUCAGUAGAUGAAGGACCAUACCUUAAAUUAAGAGCCAUGUUAGUUUAUUCUGACGAAAUCACAAACCUAGGACUUGCUUUAAAUGUUCAGUAUUAAAAAAAAAAAAUACAAAAAAAAAAAAAAAAAUCAUGAAAAAGAAACAAUUGUAUGAUACUCUUGCUUAUAUUUUCAUAUAAAAAGGAAUACAAUGCAAAGCAUUUUUGUGGCGUUUUGUAGUUUAUAUAAACCAGAAUGAGUUUUGAAAGCUUUGCCUAUAUGAAAAAAAUGAUAGUUGUAUAAGAGUGAUUAACCUUGGGCUUUUCAAAACUAAGCCAUGACAUCUGAGGAACCUUGCUUUGCUGAAGUUUUUUUUUUUCUUUUUUUUCCUCAUUUUGUAGAGUUUUUUUAAUGUGUAUUUCUAAUAAUAUUGAAUAAUAAUAUUAAGAUUCUUUUAAAUAUCUGUGAAAUUAACAUGCUUGUGUAUAGCUUUCUAAUAUAUAAAUAUAUAUAUGAUAAUUAUGGUCAUAACAUUUUUUUGUCAGUGUGAGGUUACAUAAGUACAGUUGCACAUGUUUGUUUUGUCUCUCUUUUUUUCUUUCUUUUCUUUUCUUUUUGCUCCAUACUGAAUCUUUCAAGGGAAACCCAGCAAGAACGGUAGAUUCAGUGUAAAUUAAACAAGCAGCAAUUGGCACAAAUAUCUAGGUUUUUUGGGGGGGAAAUAAUACACCUCUUUGCAUAGUAAUGGUAUCAGGAAACUCAGGUGAAGAAUGUGUAUGCUCCUAAAGUAAGCACACUUCCUAUCAGAUAUGUUUGCUGACUGCUAAAAAUUCCCCUUUCGCGGUAAUAAAGAUCACUUACAUUUAUAGCCGAAUCCAGCGUUUCUUGUUGCUAAUAUAGCAGUGGUCAGCCUGCUUGUAUUUAUAUGUAACUUUCAGUGAGCACAAGAUAUUUAUCCACAUGUGUGCUUUGGUUAGGAAGAAGCACAACCUUUGUGAUAUAACCAACCUUUAGUCUGUGAACCAAAGCAGAUGCUGUUUAAACUCAAAACAAGGAAUCGAUACCUUCACUUGAAUUGACAUUGCACUGAAAGAUUGAAAAGAGUUCAUGGGUUUUUGGUUGAUGUUUUUGUUUUUUGUUUUUUGUUUUUUUUUGACUAAGGGAUAUAUCAUGUUAGUAUGGAUUCAUGGUUAUAAUGAGGCAUAUGUUGUGAAUCCUCGAUCGUGUGUUUUGCUAGUUUUGUCCCAUUACAAUAACACAUUUACCCGUCUCCUCUGAUCGUACUGAGAUCGCUGCAGUGUAAUCGUUUUGAUUUCGCAUGAAUCAGAGACUGGACAUUUGUUGAAAUCUUUUCUACCAAAGACAUGGAGCAGUGUUAUCUUGGCUUUGUUAUAGUCCAUUCUCUUUGGGAUUAGAGAAGGUCAGAAUUCUGAAUAUGUUGUUUUUGCUUUAUGUAAUUUACAAUAAUACUGGUACCUCAUAUUCACCCUCCCAGUACCUCAAAUUACCAUUCAACCAAUUAUGAUGAGAAAUGGGGUGGGAAAAAAAACAAAAAAAAAAACAAAUAAAAAACAAAACAAAAUCUAUUUUAAAAAAAAAAAAGAAGAAGAAGAAAAAAAGAACCUAACAAAUGUACAGUAUUGUGACUCAGUAUGCCAUCGUUUCUUCUAUAAAAUCUCGCAUUAUGUACACAUAUGACUCCCUGGUUCACCCUUUUUUGGUUUGCUGUUCUUUUUCCUUAAAAUAUUGUUUCCAUUAAAAAAAAUGCAAAUAACAAAAAAAGUUAACAAAAAAAAAACAAAAAAAACGUAGUAACAAAUGUAGCUUGUAUAAACCUACAUUGGUAAGGUGGAAAGGAAAGUGUGUUUCUCUCUUUUCGUUUUCCUUUUUAUUUUAUUUUAUUUUUUUUUCAAACCAGGAGAAAGAGGCUUUCAGCGGCAUAAGCUGGACUUUGUCGCCACUUGAAGACAAGAUGUCAUUAAAUUAAAAAAAAUCACAUCUCUGUAUCUCAAGGGACUUGAUUCAGCUGUAUGUAGUGAAAAAUUAAUGUAUGGAUAUUAAAAAAAAAAAAAAUCAUUUUCUCCUGCUGGGAUUCAAAAAGGUAUUUGUAUUUUGCAGAGAACUCAGUAAAGUUACUGGCUUUCUUAGUUACCA